UCCAUAAUUAUGUGACAAAUCCGUUUCAUGGGUUUCUCCUCCCUCUUCUUCUCUUCUCUUCUCUUCUAUUCAUUUUGUGCUUAUUCAGCUGCAAAAAAAAAUCAAAUAAAUAUAAUAAAGCUUACUGAAAAAAUGGACCACUGAUGAAGGAAACAAAUGUAUUUCGAUCGAAGCAUCUUUAUAAUUUUAUCUUAGAAAAGAAACAAAAAGUGUAGAGAAAUAUCAUGUGAGUUUUGGUUGAUAGGUUUGGUAAAGUGUUUCUUUUGGUUCUUUUAGUGAGCAAUAAUAGAGAAAAUCUAGAGUUGUGACUUGUGAGCAAUGAAGUCAUUAGAAAGAUUGGUUUCAGAGAAAGCAUUAAAGCUUGGAAACUCAUUUCCAUGUCAAAUCUGUGUAGUUGGGUUUCUAUGUGGAAUCUGUCUCACUUCACUUUUCUUAGCUGCUCUUACUUCUCUUGGAACCUUUGAAUUCGCCUCCUUCUCCUCUGCUUUUCCUCCUUGCAACUCCUCCACAUCUCACAUCAUCAAUAUGGUUGCAAGUAUAGACCGUACAUUGAAAUUGAAGACCAAAGCUGAGGUAGAAGAUGGUGAUGAUGUGAAGCUUUUGGUCUCUGCUUGGGAUAAUUUAUUACUUAAAGAAGAAGACUUCUUUAAGAAGUUAGGGAUGAAUAAAUCUCUUGUACCAAACGCUCCACAUAUGGAGAAUUGUGAGGAGAGGGCGCGAGUUAGGCAGCGAUUAGAUACAGAGAUAUCGAAUCUAACGUUACCUUCUUGGAUCAAUGGAGGGGAUGAAGAGAACUAUCCAUUGACUAGGAAAGUGCAACGAGAUAUAUGGAUUCAUCAGCAUCCUUUGGAUUGUGGAAACAAGAGUGUUAAGUUCCUUGUAGCUGAUUGGGAAACACUUCCUGGUUUUGGAAUUGGAGCUCAGAUUGCGGGAAUGACUGGACUUCUCGCAAUCGCUAUAAACGAAAACCGAGUGCUUGUUACAAAGUACUAUAAUAGAGCAGAUCACAACGGUUGCAAAGGAUCAUCCCGUGGAAGCUGGUCUUGCUAUUUUCUACCGGAAACAUCACAAGAGUGUCGAAAACGAGCGUUUGCGAUUGCGAAAAACAGAGAAGCGUGGGAGAAUGGGAUUGUCACAGGGAAACAAAACUACAGCACAAAGGAGAUUUGGGCAGGGCCUAUACCAAAGCUAUGGGGUAAGGCUUGGAGUUAUAUGAAACCCACGACAGAAAUAAACGGAAGUUUAGUUUCCAGUCACCGGAAAAUGGAUAGGAGAUGGUGGAGAGCACAAGCAGUGAGAUACUUGAUGAGAUUUCAAACAGAAUACACUUGUGGUUUAAUGAACGCUGCUCGACACUCUGCGUUUGGUCAAGAAGCUGCCAAGAUUAUUCUGUCUAGAGGAGAUUGGAGAAAGAAGAAGAUGACAAGAACAGAGAUUGAGGAACAGGUGUGGUCUGAUCACAAGCCGUGGAUUCCAAGGCCAAUGCUGAGCGUUCACGUGCGGAUGGGAGACAAAGCGUGCGAGAUGAGAGUUGCAGCUUUAGAAGAGUAUAUGCGGUUAGCUGAUCGGAUCAGAGAUCGGUUUCCAGAACUCAACAAGAUUUGGCUCUCUACAGAGAUGAAAGAAGUUGUGGACAGAAGUAAAGAUUAUACUAACUGGAGAUUUUAUUACACAAAAGUGGCGAGACAAGUCGGUAAUAAAUCAAUGGCUGAGUAUGAAGCAAGCCUUGGUAGAGAGAUGAGCACGAACUAUCCUUUGGUUAACUUCUUAAUGGCGUCAGACGCUGAUUUCUUCGUCGGGGCAUUGGGUUCCACUUGGUGUUUCCUCAUCGAUGGUAUGAGGAACACUGGUGGAAAGGUCAUGUCUGGUUAUCUUAGUGUUAAUAAAGACAGGUUCUGGUAACUUUACAGUUCCGCUUUGUACAGAAGAUGACUCUUCUCCUUAUUUUUGAGUCUUUUUGUAUAAAGAGUUGUCAGUAUAAUAAAGGAAGGCUUAGUAAUAAAUAGUACACAAACAGUUCAGAGUUAUAUGCUAA